AUGGCGUCGUCAAAUAAUGGCACCGGCGGCACUACUACCGCGCAACAGCAGCAGCAGCAGCAAGCCGCUGGCCAAGAAGAGGCAUCGCCGCCGCUGUGGUGGGCGGCCUUCCCCGAACCCAAGGCCAGCUGCCACCGCCUCGAGGCCGCCGACGUGAUGCAGCUGCUCGAGAGCCACGCCUCGCUCGGCACCCACAGCGACAGGAGCUUCCUGCUCGUCGACGUGCGCCGCACCGACUGGGAGGGCGGCACCGUCGCCACCUCCAUCAACCUGCCCGCGCAGACGCUCUACCAGACGCGCCCCGUCAUCUACCAGCUGUGCAAGCAGGCCGGCGUCAAGACCAUCAUCUUCUACUGCGGGAGCUCGAGCGGCAGAGGACCCCGUUGCGCGGGCUGGAUGCAAGACUACCUCAACGAGGUGGGCGAGGCGAGCGUCACGGCCGCCGUCCUCAAGGGCGGCAUCAAGGGGUGGCAGAAGACGUACGGCGGGAGGAUGAUGGACGCUUACGACCCAAAGUUCUGGAGCAGCAACCAGGGCUCAUGCUGA